AUGUCGCAGCAGGUCCUCAACACGCAGCUCACUCAGCAGUUCGGCAUCACCCACCCCAUCCUCCUGGCGGGCAUGUUCGUCGCCUCGGGUCCCAAGCUCGCGGCGGCCGUGUCCAACGCCGGCGGGCUGGGCGUGAUCGGCGGGCUGACUAUGACGCCCAAGCAGCUGCGUAUGAACAUCAAAGAGCUGAAGGGGUACCUCGUGAACAAGGACGCGCCGUUCGGCGUCGACCUCGCCAUCGUCAAGGUUGGCGGCGGCGCGCGCAAGACCAACCACGACUACACGCACGGCCACCUCGACGAGCUGGUCGACAUCAUCGUCGAGGAGAAGGUCCGCCUGUUUGUGUGCGCGAUCGGCGUUGUCCCGCCGCAGGUCGCGGACAAGCUGCACAAGGGGGGUGUGGUGGUGGCUAAUAUGGUCGGCCACCCAAAGCACGUCCCCACCGCGAUCCGCAACGGCGCGGACAUUGUCAUCGCGCAGGGCGGCGAGGGCGGAGGUCACACUGGCCCGAUCCCCUUCUCGGUGCUUAUCCCGGCUUGUGUCGACGCGGCGCGCGGGCACGUGUCCAAGCUGUCCGGCAAGCCCGUGAUGGUGCUGGCGGCAGGGGGCAUCUUUGACGGGCGCGGGCUCGCCGCGGCGCUGAUGUACGGCGCGCAAGGCGUGUGGGUGGGCACAAGGUUUGUCGCCUCGGAAGAGGCGUCGGCACCCGACGCGCACAAGAAGCAGGUCGUCUCGGCCGACUGGGGCCAGACGACCACGACGCUCAUCUACUCUGGCCGCCCGAUCCGCGUCAAGAAGACGCCGUACGUCGCCGAGUGGAACGACACGCGCGCCGACGAGAUCAAGGAGUUGACCGGGCGCGGCAUCGUGCCGUACAUGCACGACCUGGAGAAGAACCCCCAGCGCAGUAUCGAGGCGAAGAUGUGGCUUAUGGGAGACAACGCGGCCGUCAUCAAGGAGGUGCUGCCGGCGCGCAAGAUUGUCGAGGACAUGGCGAAUGACGCGGCCAAGGCGAUUCUGGCCGGCAAGGCGGACCUGGCGGGCGCGCGCGCGAGGCUGUAG